GGUAUCUCCAAUUACAGACGUUUCAAUGCCGACAUGUUAGUAGCCAUUUCUGGAGUGUUUAAACUGUAUAUAUAUUUAUUUUGGGUUGAUUGGAUAGGACUCCUUUCUGCCGUGUGCCUCAGUAUGAUGCACAGGAAUUUAGCGCCCGACAUUGUCCCACCCACACAACCAUCUGAUUGGUAAUAACCAUAGCGGUAACAGCCAAUCAGCAGUGCGUCUUCAGAGCGGUAACAACCAAUCAGCAGUGCGUAUUCAAAGCACAUGUAGUCAGCGCUCCAGCAUCGAGCAUGUAGCUGUUUAGCAGAAACAAACUGCAGCUCAGCUCACUCGCAGUCCUGGCUUGAGACAUCUGUGAAGAACAUCUUCUCCCUGAGCAGCGAGAGUGGACAUCAAGGAUGGAGCGGGAUGAACUCCGGUCCCCCUAUUUUAAAGAGGAAGAGGAGGAGCCUCCACAAGUAAAGGUGCAAGAGAAAGAACUGCCUCAAAUAAAGGUGGAAGAGGAGGAACGGCAGUACUCCCACAUUAAAAGGGAAGAGGAGGAGCUUCCACAAAUGAAGAUGGAAGAGAAAGAGCCUGAGUACUCCCACAUUAAAAGGGAAGAGGAGGAGCUUCCACAAAUGAAGAUGGAAGAGAAAGAGCCUGAGUACUCCCACAUUAAAAGGGAAGAGGAGGAGCUUCCACAAAUGAAGAUGGAAGAGAAAGAGCCUCAGUACUCCCACAUUAAACGGGAAGAGGAGGAGCUUCCACAAAUGAAGAUGGAAGAGGAGGAACGGCAGUACCCCUACAUUAAAACGGAAGUGGAGGAGCCUCCACAUUUAACGAUGGAAGAGGAGGAACAGCAGUACCCCAAAAUUAAAAGGGAGGAGAAGGAACCUCCACAAAUGAAAAUGGAAGAGGAGGAAGGGCAGUACCCCCACAUUAAAAGGGAAGAAGAGGAGCCUCCACAAAUAAAGGUGGAAGAGAAAGAGCCGCAGUGCCCCCACAUUAAAAGUGAAGAGGAGGAGCCUCCGAAAAUAAAGAUGGAAGAGGAAGAACGGCAGUACCCCCACUUUAAAAGGGAAGAGGAGGAUUCUCCACAAAUAAAUAUGGAGGAGAAAGAGUCGCAGUACUCCCGCAUUGAAGGUGAAGAGGAGGAGCCUCCACAAAUAAAGAUGGAAGAGGAGGAACGGCAGUACCUCCACAUUAAAAGGGAAGAAGAGAAGCCUCCACAAAUAAAGGUGGAAGAGAAAGAGCCGCAGUACCCCCACAUUGAAAGUGAAGAGGAGGAGCCUCCACAAAUAAAGAUGGAAGAGGAGGAACGGCAGUACCCCCACAUUAAAAGGGAAGAGGAGCUUCCACAAUUAAAGGUGGAAGAGAAAGAGCUGCAGUACCCCCACAUUAAAAAUGAAGAGGAGGAGUCUCCACAAAUAAAGAUGGAAGAGGAGGAACGGCAGUACCUCCAUGUUAAGAGGGAAGAGGAUGAGCCUCCACAAAUGAAAAUGGAAGAGGAGGAACAGCAGUACCCCCACAUUAAGAGGGAAGAGGAGGAGCCUCCACAAAUGAAAAUGGAAGAGGGGGAAGGGCAGUACCUCCACAUUAAACGGGAAGAGGAGGAGCUUAAGCAACCCCACAUUAAGGAGGAGGAGCCACAUACAUCUUACAUGAAGGAAGAAAAAGAAUCCCAGCUCCCCCUCACACUACAGAGAAGGAGGAGUCUUAGUCGCCCUCAUAUUAAAGAAGAGGAGGAGGAACAGAGCAUCAGUCAGGAGGGAGAGCAUGUUGAAGGACUUGCGGAGGAUGAUGUCAUCAAGAUGCCAUUGACCGCUGUGAUUGUGAAGAGUGAAGAUGAGGUCAUAAGUGAAAGUGAGGAGGAGACUCCAAGCAUCAGCUCAACACAACACAUGACAACAGAAGCUGAUGGAGACCACUGUGGAGGAUCACAAGCAGACAAGCUCUUAGCUCCUCUCUCUGAUAGUGACGAGACGACCUCCCACUCCCCUGACACUGAUGACGAAGACGCCGAAGGUGAUGCAACAUGUCGCACUGACAACACCCUCUUCGCAUGCUCUCACUGUGACAAAACCUUCAAUCGCAGUGGUAAUCUAAAAGUGCACGUGAGAAUACACACCGGAGAAAAACCUUUUUCCUGUUCAACCUGCGGUAAAGAUUUCACCCGAAGGUACCAUUUGAAAAGACACAUGACAACACACACCGGGGAAAAACCUUUCCUUUGCUCCGAAUGCGGCAAAGGAUUUGCGCUUAAAAGUAUGCUGAAAGGACACAUGACAACACACACCGGGGAAAAACCUUUUUCUUGUUCGACGUGCUUUAAAGAAUUUUCCCGACGGUACUAUUUGAAGCUGCACAUGACGACCCACACUGGAGAAAAACCUUAUUACUGCUCGGAAUGCGGUCAAGAUUUUGCACGGAAACACUGGUUGAAAGAACACAUGAGAGUACACACUGAAGAAAACGCCUUUUCUUGUUCAAUCUGUGGGGAAGAUUUUACUGAAAGGCAACAAUUGAAAACGCACAUGAGAGUUCACAUUGGAGAUAAACCGCUUUUCUGCUCAGUAUGUGGGGAAGGUUUCACAAUAAUUAGUGAUUUGAAAGCACACAUGAGAGUGCACGCUGUAGAAAAAACAAUUUCUUGUUCACUUUGUGGUAAAGGUUUCACACGAACGAGCGGAUUGAAAAUACACAUGAGAAUGCAUAGUGGAGAAAAACCUUUUACCUGUUUAGUCUGUCGUGAAGGUUUUGUACAAAGUCAACAUUUGAUAGCACACAUGAGGACACAUUGGUAACAAAACAUAGCCCCCUGCAACAAAUGUUUUUGUGUAUAAAGAAACAUUGAAGUAAACAUGACAACACACACUGGUGAAAAAGUGUUGAGUUGCAGUGUCCAUACAUCCAUCCAUCCAUCCAUUUUCUACCGCUUAUUCCCUUUGGGGUCGCGGGGGGCGCUGGUGCUUAUCUGAGCUACAAUCCGGCGGAAGGUGGGGUACACCCUGGACAAGUCGCCACCUUAUCACAGGGCCAACACGUAUAGACAGACGACAUUCACACUCACAUUCACACACUAGGGCCAAUUUAGUGUUGCCAAUCAACCUAACCCCAGGUGAAGGUCUUUGGAGGUGGGAAGAAGCCGCACGGGGAGGACAUACAAACUCCACACAGAAAGAUCCCAAGCCCGGGAUUGAACCCAGGAGUACUCAGGACCUCCGUAUUGUGAGGCAGACGCACUAACCCCUCUGCCAACGUGUUGCAGUGUGUGUGAAUAAAACAUUCUUAUGUGGUCCUC